AUGUACUCUUUCAUGGACGGAUACCACAAGCCCGUCUACAUCUCCGAUAUUGGCGCCACAAACCUCCAGCCUUUGUUUAUCUCGUGCACGGGGUUCCAGCUUAUAUUCUUUGUGGGCACCUUGUUGAUGGAGUUUGUUUUGCGUAAGAUGAGGAAGUUGCAGCCGUACGUUUCCAACAAACAGCACUGGUUUGCCAUUGUCAGCAUCGUCUGUGCCAUGAUUGGCCAGUUGGGCAUUCUCAUGGUGUCCAUCUUCAACACCAACGCCUUCCACCCUGUGCACAUCACCAUGGUGGCUGUGUUCAUUUUCUUCAUCUUCUGGGCGUGUUUCUUCAACUUCCUCAAUUCCUUCAUUUUCGGCAAUUUCCCGCUGAGAUUGCACCCCAACCACGAAAAAGUCAUUUUUGGCAAGCACCGCUGGGCCAACUUGUACAUGGUGUCUUUCUUCUUCAAGCUCAUCUGGCUCAUUGCCGCCGUUGUUUUCGCCGCUUUCUUUGGCUUCUACAUGAAAAACGGCGAGGACUCGAAAUCCGCUUGUUUCGAGUGGACCAUCUCCUUCUGGUACGGUCUUUUGCUUAUUUUCUGGGCCAUUGACCUCUUCCCAUCGGCCGUGAAACACUACAGAGUGCACCACCCGGAGGAGUACGACACGGAGUUUGUCGACAGCCACAAACAGGAAACCGCCCAGGUCGGCGGCCACAAUUCGUUCCAGCCUAUUCCUAAACGCCAUUCUUUCAGUUCUGGCAUUGACGAUACUACCUUGAACCUGCCUCCAAGAGCAGCCCAUUUGCACGAGCCCAAUUCCGUCAAUGUGAACCCCUACGACGGUGCCAUCACCGUUCCAGUGCAAGAACCCGACCAGGAGUUCCAGGAUCCUUACAAGAGCCAGGUUCCUCCACAACAGACAUACACAGGGGACGCCCGCGUGCACGAGUUCCUGCCCCAGCAGAUACGGCAAAUGCGGGAGGACGUUUAA